GUGGAGCUGAGAGCUGGGCGGGGUUUACAGGUUGGCAGGUGCUGCAUACGGUAGACAGGUGAGUCUCCAUUCCCAUAACUCUCAGCCAGCAUUGUGCUAGGCAGGGAGAGGGUCACAGGUUAUCCAGAAUAUUCCCACCGCCCAUAGCCUCUCCAGCCUGCAGGGUGACAGUAUGGGCAUGGGGGGGGCUCCUGAUCCCCAGACUGGCCCAACAGGAAACCUCAGACAGCCUGUCUGUGAAAUCUGACUCAGACUAUAAGGGACAGGCAGCACUCUCGUACAGCUCUCUCAUUCAAAACAUUUAGCUUUGAGUGAGACCGUUGCCUCACUGUCCAGGCUGAAAAAUGUCAGUCAAUCUUACACUCCAGGGGGGGCUCUGAUCUAACCAAUCAGUGUCCUAUCCCUAGGAAUGCUGGAAAACUGCAUUGGACAUGCCUGAAAGGUUUGAGUCUGGAAGAUCUCUUCACCUUGGAAUAUCCUGAUAGGGGAAGAAGAGAGGGAUUCAGGCAGAACAGUCUCCACUGUCAUAGAAACAUAGAAUAUGACGGCAGAUAAGAACCAUUCAGCCCAUCUAGUCUGCCCAAUUUUCUAAAUACUUUCAUUAGUCCCUGGCCUUAUCUUAUAGUUAGGACAGCCUUAUGCCUAUCCCACGCAUGCUUAAACUCCUUUACUGUGUUAACCUCUACCACUUCAGCUGGAAGGCUAUUCCAUGCAUCCACUACCCUCUCAGUAAAGUAAUUCUUCCUGAUAUUAUUUUUAAACCUUUGCUCCUCUAAUUUAAGACUAUAUCCUCUUAUUGUGGUAGUUUUUCGGGUUUCUGUUUCUCUGUUGUGUUAGUCAUUUCCCUGUUUCUGUCAUAGUUGAAACAUAGUUGAGUUAGAGACUUAUUUCUAUUUGGCUAUUUUGACCUUAAAGGACCACUGUAGGCACCCAGACCACUUCAGGUCAGUGAAGUGGUCUGAGAGCCAGGUCCCCCUAGUUUUAACCAUGCAGGUGAAAACAUGUUUACAUUGAGGGUUAAUCCAGACAGCCACUAGAGGCCACUUCUGCAAUUCUCAAUCACACUGAGAUGACGCUGGACGUCCAUAGAAAAGCAUUGAGUAAUGCUUUCCUAUUGGUGGUUUGAAUGCAUGUGCGGCUCUGGCCGGACAUGCGCAUUCGGAGCUGACGUCGGCAGGGGGAGGAGAGGUCACCAGUGCCAGACUAAAUUAAAGGGACACUAUAGUCACCUGAACAACUUUAGCUUAAUGAUGCAGUUUUGGUGUAUAGAACAUGCCCCUGCAGCCUCACUGCUCAAUCCUCUGCCAUUUAGGAGUUAAAUCCCUUUGUUUAUGAACCCUAGUCACACCUCCCUGCUUGUGACUUGCACAGCCUUCCAUAAACACUUCCUGUAAAGAGAGCCCUAUUUAGGCUUUCUUUAUUGCAAGUUCUGUUUAAUUAAGAUUUUCUUAUCCCCUGCUAUGUUAAUAGCUUACUAGACCCUGCAAGAGCCUCCUGUAUGUGAUUAAAGUUCAAUUUAGAGAUUGAGAUACAAUUAUUUAAGGUAAAUUACAUCUGUUUGAAAGUGAAACCAGUUUUUUUUCAUACAGGCUCUGUCAAUCAUAGCCAGGGGAGGUGUGGCUAGGGCUGCAUAAACAUUAACAAAGUGAUUUAACUCCUAAAUGACAGUGAAUUGAGCAGUGAAAUUGCAGGGGAAUGAUCUAUACACUAAAACUGCUUUAUUUAGCUAAAGUAAUUUAGGUGACUAUAGUGUUCCUUUAAUACAAGGCACAGAGGGGGGCUGUACAAGAAGACCUCAGUAAUCCCAGCUCCACCUUUCCCAAGGAAGGGCGGUUGCGUGUACAUUUAAAUAAAUAAAAACCAAGUCUGUGUGUGAAUGUGUAUGUAUUUGUCGGUGAUUGUUGUGUGUUUGUGUGAAUCUGUGUAUGUUAGCAUGAGAAAAUAUGUGUAUUUAAAUAUUACAAUCACACAUGUCAAAUUAGGGAGUUGGGUACUAAACAACCGAAAAAUCUAAUUUAAAGGAACACUAUAGUGUGAAUAUAAUACUGUAUUCCUAACACUAUAGUGUCAUUCUGGUUCCACCCACCCCCACUGGUCAAGAAAGGGUUAAAAAUCUUUUCAGCCUCGAUCUCUCAACGAUCUAAUGAAAAGCAUGAGGAUGUCCAGCGUCGUUUCACAGAUAUAACUCUGUGAAGAUGCAGCAAGUGCCUAUAUUGGCUGUGUUGAAGACAGCCACUAGAGGCAGUCUUAACGCUGCAAUGUAAACAAAUUGCAGUUUCAGUGGACAGGGUCACUGCACCCAAGCCAUUUCAUUGAGAUGAAGUGGUCUGGGUGCCUAUAGUUAAGCUACUACACGAGCUGACUAGUGGAGUUGUCUUGUGAUUUCACAUUCAUUUAAAUCAGGAGUGGCCUCAGAAAGAACCCCGGCUGUUUUACAACAACUUACAUGAUGUUUUGCCAGCUUUAAAGAAAUACUUAACUACACUGUAGUUGUUAUUGUGGUAGGAGUACCCUGGCACUGUCCAACCAUUUUAGCACUUUUGCCUUAUGGGUCAGGUGAGCUUACACUUUGAUCUCUCAGCAGGUUAAUGGAUAACUCCCAAAUUUGUUAUUCUUGCAUAGAAUUGUCAUAUUUAAUAUCGAGAACACCAUUUAACGUUUGGCCAGAUAGAAAAAUAUAAAAAUGAACCACUAAUCAAAAAUCUUGGAAUUACUAAUCACCCUAAGCAUGCAAUAGAAGGGUGUAACUCCUAACUUGCAGGGUUUUUUUAUGUAGUGGUCAAACCUGUUUUUUAAAUAUGACUAAUGACUUAUUCGGUCAAUGUAUUAACAAGCACAAACACUGACUUCCAAGAGGAAGUUAAAGCAACUGUGACGGAACUCCCGUACUCAGAGUACCUCCGCCAGUUCGUCUUUCUUGCUGGAACUAUGGAGAACUUCAGACCCAGUCGCCGAAGCUUUACUGGUGUCUCUGAGACCUUCCACUGGACCAGCCUGCAGUAAAUAUAGCUCAGGAGACUCUCUCUCCUGUAGAAUAUUGAUUAUAGCUUUUCCCCAAACACAUUAGACGAGCCAGAAUGCAGGGGGUAGAUUGAUUUUUAUUGUACAGAACACAGCUAUUUAUACAGAACAGUGUUGACUCUCCCUGCAAGAGGUCCUCCAUACAAUAUACAGUACAAUUGUCUCUCCCUUGCGGCACUCUCUUUGGGGACUUAAUUACAUUAUCCCCAGCUAUCACUAUUGGUUACCUGCUGUGCCCUCACAGUCCUAGACAACAUGUCCACCAGAUCCAUCAUUUCCUGGACCAUACUCCCACACUCUAUAUAUCCCCAUAUAGCUCGUCACCAAACACCCUAGCUGUCUAAAUAGUGCCCUGAUUGGAGGAGUGGAGCCUGAGUUACAUGGUAUUAACAUUUUACCGGGUGUUGGCUUUUCUCUGAUCCAGUGAGGAGUACCAUGCAUGCAGAAACUUAGUCCCGGUCUUCAAAUAGUGGUUCCCUUACCUCUGGGAAGGGGAGGGCUCUCAAGCCCCAGGUAUCCUCCAAUGCCUCCUGACCUUCCCUCCAAAUAGCAUUCUAUUUGAAGAUUGGGGGACUGACCAGACAAGACAAUCCCGAUCCGAGGAACAGUUCAAGAGUGUUUCAGAGUAUCUCUCGGCCAGACACCUAAUGUGUAAAAUGAGCAAAUCGAUCCCCAGAGAUCCUCAAAUCUGUCCUUGGAAGCACAAUUAGUGUCUGGGGCCCCCAUACCCUUCUCUACAUCGACAGUAGCUACUUUUAGGGGCUCUUGGGACUAGGCCUCUUGUCUGAGGGAAGGAGGAUGGGCUUCACGCCUCUCUAAAAGUCUGUGGCAUGGGAGCUUCCAUCACAGCAACAUUCUAACAUUUAAAAGUAUUUUUGUAUUUAUUCUUAAUUUUAUUGUGUGCUUUACAAUGUUAGUAUUACUGGGUUCCCUAUUAAAAUAAUAAUAAUUCCAACAGCAGCUAUAUACUAAUGUUAAAGCUUACCAAACUAAUUAACAAAACAUUUUGAUAUCCCUAUGUACCAAACAGAUUAAAAUGAUUUUCAUUUAACCAAACUGCCUUGUGAACAUAAGUAUCUUUAUCAAGGUCUUGGAAUUUUCAUAUUUUUCUAACAUGAUUUAAAACAUAAAAAAAAUAAAUAAUAUAAUUUGUUGCUUAUUGGGUUAGCUUGAAAUAUUUCAAAUAUUUCCUCCUCCCACACACACACCAAUAGGUAUAGACAUUUCUGAUGACCAUCUCACUUUUAAACGUAUGUUGCCGGUGUCUGUCAGUGAUUUGCUACAUAAUUAAGAUUCCACAGGGAUGUACAGGAUCAUUUUAUGUUGGCUGAAUUAGCUUUUCCAUCCUGUAUAUCAUCCUGUAUAUCUGCUAUUGGAGGUCGCGUCUCUCUCCUGGUGAGUAGAUUCAUGGCUGUCAGGUUUCUUUACCUCCAGAGAUUGUUUGAGCAGUUCCAGUUCUGAGACUCAUUACAGUUUAGCAGCACACGUGGCAGACUUUUACCCCUGAUGCAGUUGACUGUUUGUCUUGUUUACAUAUGUUGGAAAAGGGAAAGACGACCGUGAUCUGUCAAGUGCUACUGUACUACAGCACCGUCACAAGUCUUCGUUUUCUGGCAGUCUUGUCCGGUACUCUUCUUAUACCGGUAAUAUAUUGGUGGAAAACAACUUCCAUGUUGCUUUAAGUCUUUUGUGUUCCAUGUUCUAUGCCAUCUAUCAGAUAUAUCUCUUAAAGGGAACGUAUAGUUUAGAAAAUAAUCAAUAUUUUGGGAUCAUAGGGUUCCCUCCUAUUGAUCAAUAAUCUAUUUGACUUGCCUAGUUUCUGGAGCCGAUAUUCCACUGCUGUAGUCUCUAUUGAGACAGCAUCGAAGCUGAUAUCACCUGCGAUCUCAUUCAAUACUUUAUAGAGAGGCAUCGGGGACACGAACACUUGCAUCACACAGCACCACUUUAAUGAAGAACCAAGUUUUUCUCCGUUAUGGGGGUGGAAGCUCUUGAAGUGGCUGCCAGGAAGACAGUCACUAGAGGCAUGAUUAACCCUCUCAUGUAGACAUUGCCGAUUUUACUAAAAAUACUACAGUACCACUGUACCCAGACCACUAAUUGAGAUUAAGUGGUCUAUUAAUGUUAAAAGUUGGUAAUAGCCAAGUAACACUCAAAUAUUUGUGUUCUUUACAAAAAUGUUUGAUUCUUUUUGUUUAAUGCCAAAUCUAGGUGAACUUUAAGUUAAGCUCAGCUGUGGUAUAUCGCAGUUACAAGUGUUAUUGUUUUAUGUGGCUGAGUAAUAAAGAUUAUCCUUGUUCUUCACCUGGUUAGACUGGUAGAAUAGAACUGUAUCAGUGCACUUGAUUGAAUAAGCAUUUGUUGUUUUGUAUUUCCUGCAGGCCAGCUAGAGACAUAAGCCGUUUUUUUGGUUUGUCGUAACCGAUUUAAAAAUGGCAAGUACAGAAGAAGAAUUCUCUCUCAAGGAAGUUCUGAUCCACUUCAAGUCCUGCUUGCUGGAUGAUGAUAAAGAUGUUCUUCUGGAGCAUUACCUGAAUGGUUGGAAAGGAUUGGUUAGGUACAGUACAUUCUUUGCUAUCAACCCUUUAGACAAAUGAAGGGAUUUACUAAAAUGGCCAGUGUAACACGGUAGUGGUUAUGAUGUCAGAGGAUCUCUGGCACCAUCUCACAGAAAGUAGUCAAACCAUUUCUGAACAUUUAGAUGAUGCUUUGCACCAGUUUCAUCCAAACAUAUGCGGAAUAGUCGUCACUUUUGCUGAAGGAGCUGUAAUUAGUGCUAUGAGAUUAUUAUUAUAAUAAUUAUAUUUAUAGAGCGCCGUCAAAUUCCGCAGCGCUUUACAAUGGGUGGAUGAACAGACAUGUAGUUGUAACCAGACAAGUUGGACACACAGGAACAGAGGUGUUGAGGGCCCUGCUCAAUGAGCUUACAUGCUAGAGGGAGUGGGGUAAAAUGACACAAAAAGGUAAGGAUAGUAUUAGACUAGUGACAGCUGCAGAAGAGGAAUCAGUCAGGAGCUAUUAACAGUUUAAUUGAUACGCUUUUAUGAAGAAGUGGGUUUUUAACGAUUUUUUGAAGGAGUGGAGACUGGGUGAGCAUCUAACGGAGAAGGGAAGCGAGUUCCUCAGGAACGGUGCAGCCCUCGAGAAAUCUUGAAGGCGAGCAUCAGAGGUGGGUGUACGGACAGAAGAUAGACGUAAGUCUUCAGCAGAUCGUAAGGGCCUAGACGGGACAUACUUGUGUAUAAGGGAGGAUAGAUAGGUGGGAGCAGCAUUAUGUAGAGAUUUGAAAGCAAGAACCAGAAUUUUAAAUUGAGCUCUAUAUUUUAUAGGAAACCUAUGUAGGGACUGACAGAAGGGUGAGGCAUGGGAGGUGCGGGCGGACAGGAAGAUGAACCUCGCCGCCGCAUUCAUUAUGGACUGUAACGGUGCAAGUUGGGAGCACAUAAGACCACUAAGAAGCGGAUUACAGUAGUCAAGGCGAGAAAGGACAGUGGAAUGGACCAUCACCGUAGUCGCAUCUGGCGUUAAGUAGGGGCAGAUGCGCGCAAUGUUUUUGAGAUGGAAAUGACAGGAUUUGGCGAUAGGUUUAACAUGAGGCUUGAAGGAGAGGUCGGUGUCAAAGAGAACACCUAGACAACGAGCCUGCGUGGUGGAGCUGAUGGUAGCACCGAGGGAGACAGACACAGGAGUAACAACACUUGAGGGAGGAAAGACCAGAAUUUCAGUUUUGGUCAAGUUUAGUUUAAGGACGUAGGCAGCCAUCCAGUUAGAAACAGCAGAGAGGCAGUCAGAGACACUAGUCAAGAGGGACGGGGAGAGAUCAGGAGAGAACAGGUAGAUUUGCGUGUCAUCUGCAUAGAAAUGAUAUUGAAAGCCAAAGGAGCUAAUGAGUUUACCAAGGGAGGCAGUAUAGAUGGAAAACAGUAGGAGACCAAGGACUGAACCUUGGGGGACACCAACAGAGAGGAGUUGGGGAGAAGAAGCAGAGCCAGAGAAAGAAACACUGAAAGAGCGCUGGGAGAGGUAGGAGAGGUAGGAGGAGCACCAGGAGAGAGCAGUAUCUUGUAGACCGAUAUUACGGAGGAUGAAAAGAAGCUGUUGAUGAUCAACGGUGUCAAAAGCCGCAGACAGGUCAAGGAGAAUUAGGAUAGAGUAGUGACCACAAGAUUUUGCAGUGAGUAGAUCAUUGGAAACUUUGGUCAGUGCCGUUUCCACAGAGAGCUUAGCGCGGAAACCAGACUGAAGCGGGUCUAGCAGAGAGUUGGACUCGAGGAAGUCUGUCAAUCUCACAUACACUAUUUUUUCAAGGAUCUUGGAUGCAAAAGGCAGUAGCGAGAUAGGACGAUAGUUGGAUGGGGAGUUAGGGUCAAGAUUGGGCUUCUUUAGAAUUGGGGUUACAGUUGCAUGUUUGAAGGGCAAUGGAAAUAUACCAGAUGAGAGAGAGAGAUUGAGAAUUUUAGUGAGAGGUGGAGAAAGAGAAGAAGACAGAGUACGGAUGAGAUGCGAGGAAAUUGGAUCUAAGAUUUGAAUUGGAGAUAAGGAGCUUGGGAAUCCAGGUAGAUGUCACAUCAUUCGAAAAUUAUUUGACUAUUUCCCAUGGGGCUGUUUCCUCUCUGCUGAUUGACAGAUGCAAAGGUAGAGCUUGUUACCAUGAUUUCAGCCAAGAUGGAGGAACUCAGGGAUGUACAUUUCUAAAUGAUUAUUUUUGUUAAAAAAAAAAUUUAAGCCUCACAAACCCAUAUUUGUUGAUGAUAAUCCUUGGGAAGGACUCUUUUUAUCAAUAUAUAUUACAUCAGGGAUCAACAUUUUCACUUGCCAACUAUGUAUUGUAGGGAUCUUUUGAUUGUUGAUUUUUUUAUUUAUUUUUUAGAGCUGAUACAGAUAAUCUGUGAAUUUUCAGGCCCAUAACUUACUGAUAUUCUUUACAUUUACCGUAUGAUUUAUUUAUUUAUUUCAAAAAAAUUUAUUACGUGGUAAAUGCACAAAAUAUACAUGCCAGUCAGAUUUUUUUUUCAUGUUUUCAUGAAUAUUUAUGUUUGUGUGUAGUGGAUGCAGUGAGAGUAUUUCAUUAGUAAAUAAAUGCAGUGUGUGUGUUUGUGUAGUCAAUGCAGUGUGGGUAGUGGGGGCAAUUUGUAUGUUUGUUUAGUGGAUGCAGUGUGGGUAGUGGAUUCAGUGUGUUUGUGUGUACAUAUGUGCGGUAGGAACUCCCCUCCUCCUCACCCCUUGCCUGUCUCUUAGUGCCCACCCCCAUUCCUCUUCCUUCUCUUUUAGUGGUCCUCCCCCUUCCCAAGUGUUCCUUUUCCCUCCCCUGUACCUUAAUGUCCUCCCUUAAUGUUCCUCUCUCCCCCCCAGUGUUCUUCAUCCCCCUUCCCUGUCCCAUAGUGUUCUUCACCCCCAUUCCCUGUCCAUUAGUGUUCUUCAACCCCUCUUCCCUGUCCCAUAGUGUUCUUCACCCAACUUCCCUGCCCCAUAGUUUUCCUUUCCACCCUCCUGCCCCAUAGUGUUCCUUACCACCCCUGUCCCAUAGUGAUCCUUAACACCCCCGAUCCCUUAGUGCUCCUUGCUCUCUCUCGGUGUGUCUCGUGGUAGCGUGGCUGAGCGGAGCAGUGCGCACCGCGGUACAGGAGAUUGUCUCUCAGUGAGCACUUCCUUUCAGUCCAGCCAGGUACAGGAAACAUAAGUUUCCUGUACCACGGUGCACACUGCUCUGCUCGGCCACGCUAUACAGAGUGCCUGGCAGGAGGGAGCGCUGUGCGUCCACCUCCUGCCGGUCACUCCGAUCUAGCGCCUUCCCCGAAGUUGGCCACUUGUGCCAAGUUAUGGACGCACCGGCCCACUCAUUCAUUAUCGGUAUUGCCCGCAAAACCGAUAAUCGGUCGAUCCGUAAUGUUUUGGUGAGUGUGUAAUGAAAAUGUAUAGUGUUUUCUUAACCUCUAUCUAUCUUUCUCUCACUCUAUCCAUCCCCUUAUUUAUAUGUUGUCUUCUUUUGAGUUUUUAGGAUAAAAUAUAAAUGCUGGGAAACUCCAAAUACAUGACACUCAGAAAUAGAAUAUAAUAGAAUAUAGAAUAUAAAUAUAUAUAUUUUUUCAUAGCUUCAAGCUGAUUUUAUAGUAGUGUUUGUUUUUCACACUUUUGCCACAGUUAGUUUAAGGCUUUAUGUAUUCACUAUUUUUAUGCUCAAAAUGUGUUUUGGUUUUAUUCCUUUGUUGAAUAUAUGUCUCAUUUCUUUAUGUUGUCAUAAAUGUACAGAAACCGUUUUAUUUAAAAAGAUCAUCUGGGAUAAUCUCAAGUGUUCUUUUAUCUCAGGUUUAUGAACAGUCUCGGAAGUAUUUUUUCAUUUGUAUCAAAGGAUGCUGUGAGUAAAAUUCAGAUCAUGGAAAACUACUUGAAGGGGGAAAGUGGAGAGAGGUAUCGGUCUCUCCAGUCCAUGAUUGAGUAUGAGUUAAGUGGUAACCUAGUGGAUUUAACACAACGCUCUGGUCAUCCCGACUCUGGCUGCCGCACAUUACUGCGCCUGCAUCGUGCUCUGCGUUGGUUACAACUGUUUUUGGAGAAGUUAAGAAUAAGUAGUGAAGAUAGUAAGACCUCCACCUUAUGUUCAGAGGCUUACAAUGACUCUUUGGCCAACUACCACCCCUGGAUCAUACGCAAAACCGCAUCUGUUGCCUUUCUUGCUCUCCCAGUUCGUAACAAGUUCUUUGAGGUGAUGAAUGUUGGAACUCCAGAAGAAGUGGUAGACAUGCUUGGGGAGGCCCUUCCCUAUGUGUCCAAAGUAUAUGACUUUACGGAGGAGCAGUACUCGCAACACAACCUGCUGAACCUACCUUAAAACAUCAUAAACGUCAAAAUAUGAAUAUAGGUUAUCACACAAAUAAAAUGAUGUAUGUGUGAAUAUCAUGAUUCCUGCCAGGUGCUCAGAAGCUUAUUGUAACAAAUGAGCCUUUUACAGUUGUAAAUAUACUUUUCCCAUUGAUUCCUAGGCGACUAAAGCCUGCUUUUGAAAUGUCAUGUGUGUUGUCACUGAUAGGUAUUGAACAUGCAGUCAUAAAAUGGACACGGACCAAAGGUCUUUCUUUUAAUGGAACUUUUUUUUUUUUUUUUAUUAAAGUGUUUACAUUAUAGUUCUUACUUCUUGUUCCGUAUGAAUUUAUGUAUACAUUUUGGAAGAAAUGUCAGUGAAGUUUAUUUAUUAAAAUGUGGAUUGAUGGGAGUUGAUAACCAAACUGCAAAAAAUAGCUGGUUUGGAAAAGAUUCUCCAACUUCGCCAUAAUCAUGUCUUGUCUUAUAAUAACCUAAAUUUUGCACAUUUGUUUUCAAUUCACUACUGUUUAGUGAAUAUACCCCCAUUAUGACCAUACACUUACCUCUAGGAACACUUGUCAAACUCCAUUUUCUCAACUAAGCUGAUAAAACAACAGUUAGAUUAAUAGUAUACUGCUUUCUUACACAAUGUAGGGCCCUAAAAGUACGUUUUUUAGAUGACUACUUGUUAAAAAGCCCUAUGUCUUGGUAUAAAAAAGGGGUUUUAAUAAAAUAUUUUGGGAUUCAAUAAACUAAGGGCUAUAUUGGCACAUAUGGGAUAGUUUCUGAAAAUUCGGGCAUUACGGAGUCUUUUUUUUUUUAUUUUACUCCUGCUGUACUUUAAUGGAACACUUAAAACACCAUAACAAUGGUCAAACUGUUUUAGGGUGGUCUGCCAGGUGCUGUUCUCUUCUUUCACUACAGCCAACCGCUUUGAAGCUUCUGUUAGCUGUCCUGGACUAAACCAUGCAGGGCUAGCUCAUUGGCUGAGACAGGGAGCUUCCAGCUCUAUGUAGAAUGUAUUGGAGAAGGGGAGUGUUGCUCUGCAAAUCCCAAAUAAGAAUUCACACUGUUCUAAAACAGAAUGGGGGGAAGCUUCAGUGCAUUAUUUGCACCAUAACUGUAUGAAGGCAUUUUAGUGGUUACAGGGCUUGAAGUGAUUCUUUAAUGCUGGUUGGCUCUGUAGAACUAUGAACAGAUUUGGGAAUGUUAAAGGGAGAUCUCUAAAACAAAGAAUGCUGUAACUUGUGAUUGAAUUUAUUUAUGCCAAACACAUUUGUCUGUACCUCGUGUUCAAUGAAAUGUUUACUUGAAUAUACUCGAAUAAAGCACUUUGCUGGUGAUACAGAAUACCCAGCAGUCACUGCUGUGUCUUUCUAUGCAUUUAUUUUCUGUGACACGGC